CAAAAAAGCAGUUUUGUGUCUGUGAAAGCGGGCGCGUGUAACCCUUGCAACACGAACACGUUCUUCCUUCUUCUCUCUGCCUCCUUCAGAAACAUGGAAGAACAACACAGCUGAGAAAGCUUCUUCCACUAACCGUUGCUUCGAUUUCAUCCCCUCAUUGUUAAUCAUCGGGAUGCAGCGAAACAAACCUAUUCGAUUCUUGUCUUCAUACAUUUAAAAAUCUGUUUGCGUCUGAAAGAGAGUGGGGGCUGUGUUAACUUUACUCUCUGUGUGUGGUAGUAAUGGGUCAGCAAUUGCGUCGAGCUGUUGGUAAAAUCAAAGAAGUUGAGAGAUCAACACCAUCUUCUACAUCAAGGGUCGUCGUUGAUCGGAGAUCGCUUCCUACGGAGGAGCUCACCGCUGUGAAACCAUCUCCGUCUACUGCAGCCGUUGAUGGUGUUUCUUCUGAUAAUAAAGGGAGAAGAACGAGUGAGGAGGAUAAUGUUUUAGAGGAACGAGACCCAAAGUAUGAUACAAUGCUGAACCAGAUGGUUGGGAGAAUAAAGGCUAAACCUGGAGGCAAAGCUGAGAUGGGAGAGGCAUCCGUAGUGGAAACAUCGAAAAGACCACUCCCGAAGCUCCGGAACACAACUCCUGAAUCAACAAGGUAUGAGGAAAACCUAGUGCCUCAAGGAACGUUGAACAUAGCACAAGUGCGACAUAUCAUGCUUCUCUACCAGGGCAAAGCUCAAGAUCACAACGGUUCAAUGAGUGUGAACGAGAUAGCUGAAAAGUACCGGAUUGAUGUCUCUCAGGUCCAGAAGAUCACCCAGUUCCUCUCUUUGCCUACAGAGGUUACUGAUAAGCAGAAGAAAGAAUAUGAAUGAAGUAAAGUGGCUGUGUUCGUUCAUACUUAGAACUGGUUGGUUUCUUUUGUCCUUGCCGGUUUUAGAAAGUUUUGUGCGUCGAUGUGUAACACAGAACGAGAGAUGACGUUGACUUCGUUUUUUUUCUUUUCUGUAAGCAAUAAUGUCAAACAGUGUAGCUAAGAAUACAAGCUUUUGUCAAUGAAGCCAUGAUUCUUUGAAAA